AUGCGUUUCUUCUCCCGCGCUGCCCUGGUGGCCAGCCUCGCCGCCUCGUCCCUCGCCCUCCCCGCGCUGCGCACCUACCGCGGCAAGAGCCCCUACAUCUCUGUCCACGAGGACCCGGCGCUCGAUGCGCCUCUCUCCUUUCCCAACCCGCGCGACGACCCGGCCUUCUACCAGGCGCGCUACGCCGCCGCCGAGGCCCUAGAGCGCGGCAAGUGGCACGAGCGCCCCGCCUGGGCCGACCGUGUCGUCGACAACAUCAGCGCCGCCUCGGCACGCCUUGACGGCUACGCCGCGGCCGUCGGCGUCGACCUGCCGUACUUGCGCCGCACGCUGCUGCCCGCCGCCAGCGGUCGCCCCGCGUGGAACCCGCACACGCGGCGCAGCUUCGCCGUGCCGACGCAGGGCGAGGAGCUGGUGCUGCGCAACAACGCCUCGGCCUCGUCCUUCCGCCAGGCCGACUCGGGCUUCGACUACCGCCGCGACAAGGUGCGCGGCGUCAACCUCGGCAACUGGCUCGUGCUCGAGGCGUGGAUGGACGCGGCGCUCUUCGGCGAGCUCAACAGCCAGGUCGUCAAUGCGCCGUACGGCGCCAUCAUCGACGAGUGGACGAUGGGCCUGUACGGCAACUACCGCGCCGUCGAGAAGAUCAUCAAGCGCCAUCUCGACGAGUGGAUGACCGAGGACGAGUUCCGGCAGAUUGCCGCCGCCGGCCUGAACCACGUGCGCAUUCCGAUCGGCUACUGGGCGUUCGCCGAGGCCAUCGGCCCGCGCGGCCAGUACUACACCUUCAACCAGUUCGCCAAGCUUAAAGAGGCGUGCGGCUGGGCCAAGAAGCACGGCCUCAAGGUGUGGGUCGACCUGCACGGCGUGCCGGGCUCGCAGAACGGCUACGACAACUCGGGCAAGGCUGGCCCCAUCAACUGGGCCAAGCGGCGCGAGUACUACGAGCAGACGCAGUACGCCUACAACCGCCUCGUCCAGGAGUUCACCAAGCCUCAGUAUCACGGCACCGUCACGGCCAUCGAGGCGGUCAAUGAGCCCGCUGCGAAUCGCGACGCCGACGUCAAGGAGCUGCUCAACGAGUUCUACCCCUACGCACGCGACCAGAUCGUCAAGACAGGCGCCCCGACGCUCAUGGCGUUCCACGACGGCUUCAUCACGCCCGGCGCGUGGGAGAACUUCUUCAGCAAGAAGAAGCGCGAGCGCACCCUGCUCGACACCCACCCGUACUUUGUCUACACCGACGAGCAGAAGCGCAUGAAGGACAGCGAGCGCCUCGCCGAGGUCUGCUCGCUGCUGCCCGUCUUUGCGGCGUCACAGCUGCAGUACGCGACAAUUGCCGGCGAGAUGGCUUUCAACGGCCCCAGCGGCGACCGCCCCGAGGACCGCGACCUGCCCGUCGGCCCUGUCAAGUUCCCGCGUGGCCGCGACUACCCCUUCAGCGUCAAGUACAUGGCCUUUAUGGCGCGCAACUCUGCCGUGCAGCGCCACGUGUUUGAGACGGCCGGCUCGGGAUGGCUCGACGACACCUUGCUGACUGGCAUUUCCUCUAGUGCCUGGGCCUGGAAGAACCGCGACAUUCGCGACUGGAGCUACAAGGCCGGCCUCGAGAACGGCUGGAACCCGUAUGAUCUCGACGCCAAGCCGUACGGC